AUGCAGUUAUCUCAAGUAGCCCAGACACUACCUUUCUUCCCACAUUGGGACCCACAAGCAUCGUUAAGCCCAACAUUCUUCGAACAAGUGGAGUCGAACCUGACCCAACUCCAAGUGGCUACGUCUUCACAAGUGAGGGAGGACAACCAAAGGAAACGGAGAUUGGUAACAGAAAAAGAAGAAGAGGAAACAACAAUGCUAGAAUUGAUAAGAAGAAACAAUUCCCAGUUGGAAAAGAUGUUGGCAGGUAUGGAGAUUCCAAAACCUUUUUUCAUUCUACUGAAGGAGCGCCACCUAGCAGAAUUCAAAGAGCCUUACAGAGAGCUGCUCAUAGCAACUUGUUCAAAGGCAUUGGCAAAGAUGUUCCUAAGUGUCAUGUUUGACGAUGGUGAUGGAUAUGCUGGUGGUAGUGGCGGAUAUGGUGGUGGUGAAAUUGGUGGUGGCGGAUAUGGUUGUGGUGAAAUUGGUGGUGGGAGUGGUGGCGGAUAUGGUGGUUCUAGUGAAAUGGGGUGGUGA